GCGGCGGCGGCGGCGGCAGCUGGUGGGUCCUCCGGUGACUCUGGGGCGGGGCUGUGGGGAGGGCGCCGGCUGACGGACGGACUCCGCCGGAAUGGGGGGUGUGGCUGCCCAGCCAGGGUCCUCCGGGUGGGAGAGCGGCUCCGCGACCACCGGCGGCCGGACCCGCUUUGCCUUCUGCUAGAGAUGCUCUUCCUCUCGUUUCAUGCAGGCUCCUGGGAAAGCUGGUGCUGCUGCUGCCUGAUUCCCGCCGACAGACCUGGGGACCGGGGCCGGCGCUGGCAGCUGGAGAUGGCGGACACUAGAUCCGUGCACGAAACCAGGUUUGAGGCGGCCGUGAAGGUGAUCCAGAGUUUGCCGAAAAAUGGUUCGUUCCAGCCAACUAAUGAAAUGAUGCUUAAGUUCUAUAGCUUCUAUAAACAGGCAACUGAAGGACCAUGUAAACUUUCAAGGCCUGCAUUCUGGGAUCCUAUUGGAAGAUAUAAAUGGGAUGCUUGGAAUUCAUUGGGUGAUAUGACCAAAGAGGAAGCCAUGAUUGCAUAUGUUGAAGAAAUGAAAAAGUCAGAUCUUGGUAAUGUUCUGACUUCUACUCCAAAUGCCAAAACUGUUAACGGUAAAGCUGAAAGCAGUGACAGUGGGGCUGAGUCUGAGGAAGAAGAGGCCCAAGAAAAAGUGAAAGGAGCAGAACAAAGUGAUAAUGAUAAGAAAAUGAUGAAGAAAUCAGCAGAUCAUGAGAAUCUGGAAAUCAUUGUGACUAAUGGCUAUGAUAAAGAUGGCUUUGUUCAGGAUAUACAGAAUGACACUCAGGCCAGUUCUUCCCCGAAUGGCACAAGCACUGAAGAAGUAGAACCUGUAGAUCAACACUUGGAGCAAACUGGAAAAACUACUGUCUGCAUUCACCAAGGUAUCAUCCCCAAAUACGUCUUGUCCAUCCUCUUUCCUAUUCUUGAGACUAUGCCGAUGACCGAGAAAGUUGAAGAACUGCUGCAUGUCAUCGGCCCAUUUUAUGAAAUUGUAGAGGACAAAAAGACUGGCCGGAGUCCUGAUGCAAAAUCAUCAACAGUGCAGACUAGUAAUCAGCCCCCCUCACAGAGACCAUCUUGGUGGCCCUUCGAGAUAUCUCCUGGUGCAUUAACUUUUGCUAUCAUAUGGCCUUUUAUUGCCCAGUGGCUGGUGCAUUUUUAUUAUCAAAGAAGGAGAAGAAAACUGAACUGAAGAAAAUGGUGUUCUACUCAAGAAGACUGCUGGGCCUAGAUGACCUCAGAAUGAAUCGGAUUGUGGCGUUCACAAGAAAGUCUUAGUUUGCGAUGAUUACAUUGCUUUUUGUUGUCCAGUAGUUUGGUUUGUGUACAUAUAUACAUACAUAUUUUGCACUACACAAAUGAUAACAUUUUAAGGACUAAUAUCAUGAUACUUGAAUAAUCACUUUCAACUAGGUUAUAAGUCGCAUACAUAGAUUUGCCCUACCCUUGAACUUGACGGACAUUAAAUUAUUAAUUAUCGUUUGGUAACAUAUUUACCUGAUUAUCUCCCAUAGAGAAAUAUAAGCUGCUUUUCCAAGGUACAGUUGUGAUAAUGAGAUCAGAUAUAUAAGUGGGUCUUUUUAAUUUUCUAAAUUAAAUACAAGAAAGAAUGCAAACCAGGA